AUGGGUUAAAUAAACCCAAAAUAUUCACCACCUUCUCCUGAUAAAUUAAAACUUACCUAUUAAAUUAGAAAUCAGGCAAAAGUAUUUUCAUAUAUUAUCUUUUUAAAGCCUAUUACACUAGUCUUUGAUACUUAAUUUUAAGUUAAUGAGAUUAAUCAAGAUGAUUGGGAUUUAGUCAUUUCAUCUAUAAACAUGAAAAUUGAUAAAAUAAAUAAACUAUAACAACUUCCUCUAAGUAUAUUAAAUAUCUGAUAUCUUAGAUUUCAAAGCUCAAUUAAUUCAAUCAUUUAUGAUGAACAAAUCCAUUGAAACAGCCCCAUGCAUUACUGGUUCUGAAGAAGGACUUUAAGAAUUGCUAAUAUAUUUGCGUACUCUUAAUAAAGAAGAUUUAUAAAAAUUCAUUGAAGAUAAAUAAUUGAUAGAAUAAUUAAGGAAUCUAUUAAAAGUAGAAUGUGAAGGAUAUCAUGAUAAAGAAGUAAAAUAUUUAAAUAUUAUCUAAAGUGUUUAAUUUUAAAUAUCUUAUUACAUUGUAUUCAAUAGAAUUGUAAUUUAGAUUUAAAUUAACCCAUUUUAAAUGAACUUGCAGAAAUUUUGAAUCCUUUGCACUCUGUUAACUUUAGUCUACUUUUAGAAAUCUAUAUAGUUAUUUGUAAAAAUUAAACUGAUGAAAAAAUGAAUUAAAUUUCAAUAUCAUGGAUGGAAAUGAAAAGAAACGGAAUGUGGAAUUAUCCAUUCGAACCAUUUAUUCAAAUCCUAUAAUUAAAUAAAAGUGUCUUCUCCAUUAUGAAUAUGGUUAGAUUUAUAAAUUAUUUUAUGGAAGCACACGAAGAUGUUGAAUAUAGUAAUAAAUUAAAAACACUGCUUAUUAAUUUUGGAUUAAGAUUUUUAAUUGAGGAUGUCAAAGCUAAAAUCUAAACUGGUUAUUAUAAAAUAGAACAUUGCACCUAUUAAUAUAUGGAUGAAAUGCUCCUUGAAUAAUAUCAACAUUAUAAAAUCAAUCCUUCAUCUAGAAAAAGAAAACUACUUCCUCCAGAUGGUAAACCAGUAGAAUUAAGUGUUUGUGCAGCACUCUGUGCAGACUUAUUUAUAGAUCUCUAAGAUCCAGAAGCUUAAAAAAAAUAUGAAUAUGCAAUAUCAGAAGCUCUUGCAUAAAUAGAUGCUUUCCUAGAAUUAACUGAAAAAGUAUAUGCAAAAGUUAUGAAACCAAAAAAAUUAAUUGUUGACAAAAAGUCAAGAACAAAAAGAGCAGGAUCUAUUACAACAUUCCUUGAUGAAGAAAGGUCAAUCAAACUCAGAAUUCCUGAUUUAGAUUAUCAAAAACUUCUCACAUAAAUCAGAGAAGCUACAUUAUUUCCCUAAGUUUUAGAUGCUUUCUAAGAUUAUUUAUAAUCUGCUGCAAAAAUUGGAGUUAACGUCAUAUCGUAAAUGAUGUCUGUAGCUGUUGAUAAAAUGAUUGAACUUCGAAAGAAUGAUCCUUUAAAAUUAGAUUUAUAGGCAUCAGAAGAAAAAUGUACUCAACUAGAAAAUUAAAUUAGAUCUUAUAUUAAUGACAAAGCUAAGAUGUAAUAAGAAUUAAAUUAGCUAAAAGAAAAAUUAAUCGAUGCUAACAAAUACAUCAAAAAUAUUGAGCUGAAAUUGUAAACCUAAGAAUAAAUUAUUCAGACAUAUAAUAGUUAAUCUAAUACAGAAAAACUGCAUCCUCCUCCACCACCACCUCCUCCUUUGCCGGGAUAAAAAGCAUCACCUCCGCCUCCUCCACCUCCCUUACCUGGUCAAAAAGCAAUACCACCUCCUCCCCCUCCUCCUCCUUUAUCUGGAUAAAAAGCAAUACCUCCUCCCCCUCCUCCACCACCUCCAUUACCUGGUUAAAAAGCAAUACCUCCUCCUCCUCCCUUACCUGGUUAAAAAGCAAUACCAACUCCUCCCCCUCCUCCUCCUUUACCUGGAUAAAAAGCAGGACCUCCCCCACCACCUCCUCCUCCAAUUCCAGGAUAAAAAGGAGGACCUCCAGGUCCUCCACCACCACCGCCUCCUCCAGGUUAAAAAGGAAUUCCUCCUCCACCCCCUUCAUUUGGUGGAGCUAAUGCCAAAGGGCCAGGAAUACCUCAAUAAAUUGGAAAGAAGAAAUAAAAUCCUUAGAAACCAAUGAAAUAAGUCCCUUGGGUUGUAAUAAAAGAUGAUAAGAUAAAAUCAACAAUUUGGGAAAAGAUUGACGAUUCAAAAUUAAAAAUAAAUACUUCAUUAUUGGAGGAGUAAUUUUGUAAAGUUGAAUUGGUUAAAGUAAGUGGAAAUGCAUUACCUUCUUAAAAAUAAUAGAUUAAAUAAAAGGUUUCUUAAUUAUAAGCAGAACGCUGUAAAAAUGUUGAGUUAGUAAUUUCAAGAUUAAAAAUAAGUUCAUUAACAUUAAGAGAAGCUUUUUUAAAAAUAGAUACUAACAUAUUAACUGAGGAAAAGAUAGCGAUGAUUAUAAAUGCAGUUCCAGAGAAAGAGGAAUAAGAAAUGUUUUUGCAUUUCAAUCCUCAAGACCUUUCAUCAGUAGCAACACCAGAUUUAUAUUUUAUGGAUUUAAGUACAGUACCAUAAAUAAAAUUAAGAGCAGAAGCAAUAGUAAUAAGUUAUGAAUGGAUGGGACUUUAUGAAAGUGUUGAAGCAAAGUAAAAUAAGAUAGAAAAUGGAAUAAAAUUGCAAUAAGAAGAUAAGAAAUUAUAAAUAAUGUUGGAAUACUCUUUAGGUUAUGGUAAUUAUUUAAAUGGACAAUCAACAAGAGGAGGAGCAUAUGCUUUUAAACUUGAUAUAAUGAGUUAAUUAGAUGAUGUAAAAUCAAAUGAUAAUAAAACAAAUUUAUUGAUUGUUAUAAUUCUACACAUUGAAGCAGAUAUAGGAUAUUCAUUAUAUGAUUAAGAAUUUCUUGCAAAAAUAGAUUAUGAUUUUCUAUGCAAAACAUCAAUAUCUUCACUUACAUAGGAUAUAAAUGAAUUAAAAAGAAUGGAGAGAGUUGUAGAGAGAGCUAAAAAAAGUCAUGGAGAAGAUUCAAGUGAUUAAGCUGGAGUAAAGUAAGAUAUAUAUACAUAUAUAUAAAUAGAUUCAAAGCAUUAUAAGAGUAAUUACAAGAGAAAAUUAAGAAAUUGGAAGAAAAAAAUGUAAUAUUGGAGAGUAGAUAUAAAGCUUUAUUACAAUAUUAUUGUGAAGAUUCAAAAUUAUAAUCAGAUGAAUUCUUUACUAAGAUUGAUAAAAUCUGGAAGGAUUAUUAAAAUGUAUUUAUGUUAAAUAAAUUUAUUAGGCUCUAACUCAAAUAACUAGAAUAAAAUAAUAAGAAUAGAAAUUACAAAGAGAUUCAAGAAAAAAGAUGUCAUAAUCUUGUAAUCUUGAAGCUUUAUAAUAAUAGAAUGAAAAUUUAAAAAAUUAAUAAUAACUAAAAUAAUAAUAAUAAUAAUAGUAAAAUUAAGAAAUAAAUUCAGGUUAAAAUAAAAAAGAUGUAAUGGAAGAAUUAAGAAGAUUGUAAUCUAGAAAAGCAGAAUUAGCAGCUAAAAGAUAAUAAAAGACUAUAGAAUGA